AUGGACGCAAUCAGAAAUCUGGGUGAAGUUGAUGUUGUCAAAAAUCCGGGUGACGCUGAUGUUGUCCACCAACAAACAUUUGACUACGAUCAAGAAGAAAGAAGACAGCGAAUUGCGAGAAGAAGAAUAUCUGAUGUCCUAACUAUUGUUUGUGCCGGCUUUGCAUUGAUCUCUGAUGGUUAUCAGAAUAACGUCAUGACGAUGUUGAAUACUGUUUUCGCUAAGAUAUACCCUGCGGAUUAUAACACUAACAUGAAAACCAAUCUCUCGAAUGCAUCAUUAGUCGGUACUAUAUUUGGCCAAGUAAUAAUUGGAGUUUUGUCUGAUAGGCUUAAUAGAAAGCAGUCUAUUGUCAUUGCAACCUGUUUCUUAGUGUUUGGUACCAUUUUGUGUGCAGCCGCUCAUGGAAAAUCGGUCAAUGGAAUGUUUUGGAUGCUCAUCAUUUUCAGAGGAGUCACAGGUUUCGGAAUUGGUGCCGAAUAUCCCUCAUGUUCAGUCUCUGCCAAUGAGGCUGCAAAUGAGACUGUUCGUAGAAGGGGAGGUGUUUUCUGUCUUGUCACAAAUUUGCCAUUAUCAUUUGGUGGACCAUUUGCUUUAAUUAUCUUCUUGAUCAUCUAUCAGAUUACUGGUACAUCGAAUGGCUUGUGGAGAGCAUUAUUCGCUAUUGGAGCGUUUUGGCCGCUUUCUGUCUUCUAUUUUAGGUAUAGAAUGGCCACCUCUGAAUUGUUCAAAAAAUCCGCAAUAAGAAACAACGUUCCAUAUCUUUUAGCAAUCAAAUUCUAUUGGAAAAGAUUAUUAGGAACUUGCGGGUGUUGGUUUUUGUACGAUUUUGUUGUUUUCCCGAAUAGUGUUUUCGCAGGCACUAUUAUAUCCUCGGUGCUCAAAGGACCAGAUAAGAAGAAUUUGGAGAAAAUCGCGGAAUGGAAUUUGUUGCUUGGUGUAAUAGCAAUUCCUGGAGUUUUAGUUGGGGCAUACCUUUGCGAUCGCAUAGGUAGGAGAAAUACAUUGGCUCUUGGCUUUUCGGGUUACAUCGUUUUUGGAUUGAUUAUUGGUUGUUCUUUUGAUAAAAUUAAGAAUAUCACAGCCUUGUUCAUCAUAUUCUAUGGUUUGAUGAUGUCGGCUGGUAACUUGGGCCCUGGUGACAUGAUGGGAUUGGUGUCUUCCGAAUCGUUUGCAACUCCAAUAAGAGGAACAUGCUACGGUAUAUCUGCAGCCAUUGGAAAAGUGGGAGCAGUGGUCGGUACGAAGGCUUUUACGCCUAUCCAAGUGCACCUCGGUAAGCAGUGGACUUUUAUCAUUGCUGCAAUUUGCGGGUUACUUGGGGUUCUCAUUGCAAUCCUUUUUAUUCCACAGUUGAAGGACGAAGAUUUGAUGGUAGAAGAUAUCAGGUUCAAAAACUACCUACUUGCGAAUGGUUGGACGGGAACAUUUGGGUGCGAAGAUGGAACACAAGAAUUGGCUACUUCCGACGAUGAGAACGUGACCAAAGAAAGUUUUAUUCAGUCAAACCCCAAAAAAUAG